AUGUCGUCAAAUUUACCAAGACUUGCUGUUCGCCAAGCGACAACAAUCAAAAAUAACCCUUAUAUGAGUACUCGAGAAACAAGCGAUGAAGCAGCAAAAGCACCAAACAACGAUCGAGUAAUUCCAACUAAUACAGUGAAAAAUGGCCCUGAACCAGUGCCUGUGGAAAAAGAAGGAUUUUCUAUUGCCAAAUUCUUCGGAUUGAGGUGAGC